CACUAAAAUUCAAUUGAGGUGGGGAAAGAAAAUAUGGGGAUCAAAAUAGGGGGUGAAAUAGAGAGGGUGAAUGGGAAGGAGAUGAGUUACAGUGAGUUUGUGGAGAGGUACAUGGAGAAGAACCAGCCUGUGGUGCUGACAGGUCUCAUGGAUGAUUGGAGGGCUUGCAGAGAUUGGGUCACUGAUGAUGGCAACCCCAAUCUUCAAUUUUUCGCUACCCAUUUUGGAAAAUCCAAAGUCCAGGUUGCAGAUUGCGGUACUAGAGAAUACACGGAUCAGAAGAGAUUAGAAAUGACUGUUGGAGAAUUUGUUGAGCAAUGGCGUGGGGAUUCUGUGCAAGAGCAUUGUACCGCUCCAAGUCAGGCAGGUGGGAGCAAGAUGUUGCUAUAUUUGAAGGACUGGCAUUUUGUAAAGGAGUACCCAGAAUAUACAGCAUACACAACUCCAAUGUUCUUUUGUGAUGAUUGGCUUAACACAUAUCUUGACAAUUAUCGUAUGCAUAACAACCCCAACAUUUACUCUGCAAAUAAUGACAUAAGCUGCUCUGACUAUCGAUUUGUUUACAUGGGAGCAAAAGGCACAUGGACUCCUCUUCAUGCUGAUGUUUUCAGGUCAUAUAGCUGGUCAGCAAAUGUGUGUGGAAAAAAACAGUGGCUUUUCCUGUCUCCUUCUCAAAGUCAUCUGGUGUUUGACAGGAAUAUGAAAAACAGUGUAUAUAAUAUCUUUGAUGAUGUCAGUGAAACAAAAUUUCCUGGUUUUGCAAAGGCUAUCUGGUUUGAGUGCAUUCAAGAACAAAAUGACAUUAUCUUUGUGCCUAGUGGAUGGUAUCAUCAAGUCCAUAAUUUGGAAGAUACCAUUUCAAUAAACCACAACUGGUUCAAUGCUAAUAAUCUUCGUUGGGUGUGGGAUUUGCUUUUGAGGGACUACGAUGAGGCUAAGGAGUACAUAGAAGACAUUAAGGAAAUAUGUGAUGAUUUUGAAGGUCUCUGCCAGCGCAACCUUGCCGCUAAUACAGGCAUGAACUUCAAUGAUUUCUUAAUAUUCCUAGCACGUAUUUCCUUUGCCAACUUGAUUCAACUUCAGUAUCUCAGUAGGAAGAAUGGGAAUCACACUCAGAAUUUAUCCCCAAUAGCUCAGCAUUUCACUUUCAACCUUGUAUCAAUUCAGAAAAUUGCAUCCAGUAUAAGCUCCUUGCAAGAUCUGACAGGAAGUCAUGGCUUUUAUUUGGAUUUUAAGGAAACAUUAAAUGAUCCAGGGUUCAUUAAACUUUGUGCAGUUUUGGGAAAAACAUAUGGGACGAUACACAUGCAACAAAACUGGAAUUUUGAUACAAAGAAAGCUUGGAUAGAUGAUAUGAAAGACUUGGACGUUAUAGGAACUUGUAAUUCUCAGGUCUGUACUCCCAAAGAUCUUGUAAUGUUUAUACUGCAUGCUCUUGCAGAAAGCAAUGGUGGUUGAAUUGCAGAACAUUUUUAUCCAUCUGAUUGGCAUGAGGAUUAACAGUUCCAUGAGAAGAGAUAUUCUUCUACAAGAUGUCCAUCGCAAACUACUGAUUCUCAAGAUGUUUUGGAGGUGUAUAGUGACCUUCUGUGGCGUUUGCAUGCCAUGAUCAUAAAUCUGCCUGAAGUACUGAUUUCGUGAUUUGUUGGCUUGUGAAGGUUUGAUUUUUGGUUGUGAGAUCCUAAUAGCAUGAAUGGUGGUUAGGAAGCCUGGGCACAGUAUUUGCAUGUUAAGUUUACUGAGCUUAUUUGUCAUCAUACUAACUCAAUGUAGUUGAAGUGUUGAACCACUGUAGGUGAAUCACUUGUAUGGUUCCUCUUUGGACGGAAUCACUUGUAUCAUUCUAAAUAUUAAAUAAAUUUAUAGGUAUUUUCAUCUAUGAACAGCUGUUUAUAUUUUCCAAUU